AUGGCUCCAUCGUUAUCUGACCUCUACCAAAUCUUGAGGCUUCCAAGGAUCUCUAAUGUCGAUAUUGAAAACCGUUGUGUGAUUGGCAGAUCAUCUUCUGAUAAUGGCUUCUUACACCUUGCGAUCUCUGCCUCGGACAUUUCCACGUAUGUGCUCACCCCUUCGCCUAAACUUGUGUGGUCUUAUUCAUUGUCACCAUCGAUUAUUGUUAAGCAGUUGACGGUGCUCGAAUCCAAUAACAAGGUAUAUUUUGCUGCUAGUUUGUACAAUAGUGACACCAAGAAACAUGCUCUAAAGAUAGUGGUAAAUGAUUCUUUGUUGGCGCCAAAGGCAAGUGAUGACCAAAGUCAAAGUGCCGAUCAAGAAGUGAAGGUCGUUGAUGUAGAAUUCUCGCAAGAAAUCAAAAGCAUAAGUUUCAGCAAGAACGAAAAGCUCAUCUACUUGUUGAUGGCCUCGGGAGAAAUCAGUUCCUAUACAUUCAAUAUCAAUGAUGCCGAAUCAUCUUUUAUUCAGCCCGUAUCACAAUGCAAAGUCUCCAAUAAUAAUAAAUCGACCAUGUGUUAUCAUAAAUAUAUUAGUAACAUUGAUGGUUCGGGGUCAAACAGCGCUGCGGUGAACAAUAAUGAUGGUUUUUUCCUCACGGUAAACCAGAGGCAAAACAAAAACUUGAGCUCUACCAUUAUUAUGCUACAUAAUGGGGAAAUGUCCGAGCUCACCAAUAACUCCUCUAUCAGUACUGGUAAUGCCAAAAAUGAAGAAUUUGCAUUCACAUAUAACUCGGGGAUCCUUUAUGUGAUAGCGAUCAAGGCCAAGACUCUUGAUCUUUAUGCGAUUGCCUCAGGGUCGCUCAUCAAACAGUUGUCAUUGAAGCCACUUUUUGAUCUUAUAUCUACUAAGCAGCAGAUUACAGAAUUCACAAGAAAGAACACCGGAAUGGUUUCUCCAUCAGAUAAUAGAGUGUUGAUUAAUUUACACCAUACGAUUUUCCUCAUAAACACAAAAUUCGAGACAGUUCUCAGUGAUUAUCAGUUGUCAGCUGAUAAGCCAGAAGAUGAUAUUGCUGGUUGCUUGUUGUUGGAUAUUGGGGAAGUUAAAGGUACCUCAUCCAAGAGCUACGCCACAUCGUUAAACUUGUUAAUGUUACAUAAUAAUGAUAAGAAUUACACUUUCCACAAUUUGGCGGUUGAUGUGGGUAAUAAUAGUUUGGUAGAAUCUUUGGGUAAAGGUAUUGAGGUAUACUGUGAAAAAUCCGGAGUUUCCCCAACCCAAGAAAAAUCUAAAGUUGAUAACUUGGUAGUGGAAUAUCUCAUCACUGAAAAAAAUCUUUGUCAGAAAAAACAGGAAUUUGGCGUGAAGAAUAAACCAGAAUCGGAGAAAGUUCAAGCAUUCAUAGAUUCUUUGACUGGGCUUUCAAAAAGCCAUAAAUCUAUGGAAUUCGACUUAGAGUUUAUCAAUUUCGUCAAACAUAAAUCUUACAAACUUGACAAGAUCAAAGACAUCUACUCCCAAAUAUCAGAUCUUGCUUCUUCUGGUGAAGUUUUCACCGAUGUGAGGCAUGAAAAUGACGCGAUUUAUGGGUUUGUUUUGAAAGAAACCAGUGCCAACAAGGACUACCGGUUAUCCAAUAAAAUGUUCCAAAUAAUUCUUGAUUUAAUUUUCUCGACAACAAACAAAGAUGGCGAAUUUACUUAUAAAUUGAAGAACAAGAAGUUUGUGCCAAAGUUGGGGUUGAUUUAUUUGAUUAACAGUAACUUAUUCCCAUUAUCAUAUUCCUGCAAUGGUUUAUUGAAAAAAUUCAAGUCCGAACCGAUCAUUUUGAACACCAUCAUCUCGAACUACGAUUUGCAAAUAUCCGUGGAAGAUAUAUUACUCCUUUUAUGUGAUAUUAGUCAGGAUGCUAACACUAAUGUUGCCGCAUUAAAUUCUAACAAGUGGUUGGAAACUGACGAUGUUGAAGAUGUGGAAAUGGAAGUUGAUGAGAAACCAGAAAGUACUGUGGCAAACAAGGAGCUAGAAUUACUUUUCAAGAAAUUGAUCAGAAUGCUCUUGAACACCAAAGCAGAAACUCAAAUUGUUAAAACUGUUAAGACUCUUUUGAACUCAUCUGCUAAGGAACACGAGCUUUUCAAUGAAAACUUUGAGAAAUUGAUUUAUAAUAUUGUUAAUUUGAAUUAUGGUAUUAAAUUGCUCAACUUGGUGAUUGACGGUAUUGGGAUUUUGAAUUUCAAGUUCAACAAUGAUGCCGACAAGAUGACGGAAUUGAUCAAGUACGCUGGUUUCAAGAUCAGAGAAGUAAUGAAGUUUGAACCUAUUGAGGAAGUUUUGGAUGAGAUUAUUUUGGCCUGUGACGCUAAGCUUGAACGUUCUCGUCACGCUGACUUGAAGUCCAAGAUGAAGAACAAGAAGAAGAAUAGCAAGAAGGUUGACAAUAGGCCUAUUGUUUCUACUAACAACGUUACUUCUAACUCCGUUGUUGAUGGACCAAAGAUUGUGUCGGUCAAGAACAACAAGGUUGACGAGAAAUUGAAUGCUAUUGUGGGCUUUGAAGGAGGGUUCAGCCAAGACGAGAAGUAUGGUGAUAAGAUUCCACCAUAUUCUAUUGAAAGAUUAAUAAAUUUGUAA